GAAACAACAGUUUUUAUAAGAAAAACAAAAUGGCAACAACUCGGAAAUUGGUAGUAGAAGUAGUAGACGCAAAGGAUCUUACACCAAAAGACGGCCAUGGGACGUCAAGUCCGUACGUUGUUGUCGACUAUUACGGCCAAAGACGACGAACACGAACCAUAGUCCGUGACUUAAACCCUGUUUGGAACGAGACGCUCGAGUUCAGUCUCGCAAAGCGACCAUCACAUCAGCUCUUUGCCGAUGUUCUUGAGCUUGACAUGUACCAUGACAAGAACUUUGGUCAAACAAGGAGGAACAAUUUUCUCGGUAGGAUCCGACUUGGGCCCGAUCAGUUUGUUGGUAAAGGAGAAGAGGCUUUGAUAUAUUAUCCUUUGGAGAAGAAGAGUUUGUUUAAUCUUGUGCAAGGUGAGAUUGGUCUUAGGGUUUACUACGCCGAUGAAAAGCCUCCUCCUUUGAAACCGGCGGUAGCUCCUCUUGAGACGGUGGUGGAGGAAAAGACGGAGGAGACGACGGCAGACGGUCCAGACAAGUCUCAGCCACCACCAGAGACUAAUGAUGAUCCUGCUGAAGUUAAAGAAACCCCGGAACCACCUCAACCGCCACCGGAGGAGAAUUCGCCAGGCGAGGGUCUCAAGCCAAACGAGGAAGCCUCACCACCGUUACAAGAAAAUGCUACGGUUGGUGGAGAAGAACCAGCGGCGUCAGAACCAACUCUGCCACCGGAAUCAGAUAAGAAUGAAGCAGAGGUGAAACCGGUGGAAGAGCCACCGCAGAACCAACCAGACGGUGAAGAUGUUGUACUUGAGUCAGAAGAUUCAAUGAGCUGGGCUUCGGCGCCGCGAUCACCGGAAGUUAUCAUUUCAAGAUCUGUCUCCGGUUCCAUACCAGAAACCAAAAACGGACCACAACCACUACGGAGAAGCGUAUCGGAAACAGCCAGCUACACCUCAGAGAUCUCCGACGUGUCAACGAUCGAACGAUCCACGUUUGAUUUGGUGGAGAAAAUGCAUUACGUCUUCGUCCGAGUCGUGAAAGCUCGGUCUUUACCAACCUCCGGGAGUCCAGUCACAAAGAUCUCACUCUCCGGCACAAUGAUACAAUCAAAACCCGCAAGAAAAACCUCUUGCUUCGAGUGGGAUCAAACCUUCGCCUUCCUCCGUGACUCACCGGAUUUAUCUUCUUCUCCAAUUCUGGAGAUCUCCGUGUGGGAUUCAUCAACGGGAGUCGAAACCAGCCAAUUCCUCGGCGGAAUUUGCUUCGACGUAUCGGAGAUUCCGCUCCGAGACCCGCCGGAUAGUCCAUUAGCACCGCAAUGGUACCGUCUCGAAGGAGGUGGAGCUCACAACAGUGAUCUAAUGCUUGCCACGUGGACAGGAACUCAAGCAGACGAAUCAUUCCCUGACGCGUGGAAAACAGAUACCGCCGGAAACGUAACCGCACGGGCGAAGGUUUACAUGUCGUCGAAGCUGUGGUAUCUACGCGCCACCGUGAUCGAAGCACAAGACUUAUUACCGCCACAGUUAACGGCUUUUAAGGAAGCGUCGUUUCAGUUAAAAGCUCAGUUAGGUUUCCAAGUGCAGAAAACCAAAUCCGCCGUUACUCGUAACGGAGCGCCGUCAUGGAACGAAGAUCUACUCUUCGUAGCCGCCGAGCCUUUCUCCGAUCAGCUAGUUUUCACAUUGGAGUAUCGAACAUCGAAAGGACCAGUCACCGUCGGAAUGGCGCGCGUGCCACUCACCGCAAUCGAAAGGCGCGUCGACGAUCGCUUGGUUGCUUCAAGAUGGUUCGGAUUCGAAGAUCCAAACGACGAGAAAAGAGGAAACAGAUCUAGAGUACAUCUGAGACUCUGUUUCGACGGUGGUUAUCACGUGAUGGACGAGGCGGCGCACGUGUGCAGCGACUACCGACCUACGGCGAGGCAGUUAUGGAAACCGGCGGUAGGAGUCGUCGAGCUCGGUAUAAUCGGUUGCAAGAAUCUGUUACCGAUGAAGACGGUGAACGGAAAAGGAUCAACGGACGCGUACACGGUGGCGAAAUACGGUACAAAAUGGGUCCGUACCCGAACCGUGUCGGAUUCUUUAGAUCCGAAAUGGAACGAACAGUACACGUGGAAAGUAUACGAUCCGUGUACGGUUUUGACAAUUGGAGUCUUCGAUAGCUGGGGAGUAUUCGAAAUCGACGGUGGAAAAGAAGCCACGCGUCAGGAUCUCCGAAUCGGGAAAGUUCGUAUACGUAUAUCUACGCUGGAGACUGGUAAAGCGUAUAGAAAUACGUAUCCCCUUCUGAUGCUAGUUAACGGCGGCGUUAAAAAACUGGGAGAGAUAGAAUUGGCCGUUAGAUUCGUGAGAUCAGCUCCACCGUUGGAUUUCUUACACGUGUAUACUCAACCGUUAUUGCCUUUGAUGCAUCACAUUAAACCAUUGAGUUUGUUUCAAGAAGAUAUGUUGAGGAACACUGCCGUGAGGAUCUUGGCCGCCCAUUUGUCACGAUCUGAGCCGCCUUUAAGGCCGGAGAUUGUACGGUACAUGCUUGACGCCGAUACUCAUUCUUUCAGUAUGCGUAAAGUCCGAGCGAAUUGGCUUCGGAUAGUGAAUGUAGUUGCGGGAAUGGUUGACGUGGUGCGGUGGGUGGAUGACACACGUUUCUGGAAGAAUCCGACAUCUACUUUACUCGUCCACGCUCUUGUCGUGAUGCUGAUUUGGUUCCCUGAUCUCAUUGUUCCGACAUUAGCGUUUUACUUGUUCGUGAUCGGCGCGUGGAAUUACAGAUUCAGGUCACGUGCUGCUCUUCCUCACUUUGAUCCAAGACUCUCGUUGGCUGAUGCAGCCGAUAGAGAAGAGCUUGACGAGGAGUUUGACGUCGUACCGAGCAACCGGCCGCCGGAGAUGGUUCGGUUGAGGUACGAUAAGCUACGAAAUGUCGGAGCUCGAGUUCAGACGAUUCUUGGUGAAGUAGCGGCGCAAGGAGAGAAAAUGCAAGCUUUGGUGACGUGGCGUGACCCACGAGCGACGGGUAUAUUCGUGGGGCUGUGUUUAUUUGUGGCGUUGGUGUUGUAUCUUGUGCCCACGAAGAUGGUGGCGAUGGCGUCAGGGUUUUAUUACUUCCGGCAUCCUAUAUUCCGUGACCGGAAACCUUCUCCGGUGUUAAACUUCUUCCGGCGACUACCUUCGUUAUCUGAUCGGCUCAUGUGAUCUUCGUGUUUUUAGUGGAGGGGAUGAAUAUAUUUUGGAGCGUUUA